AUGAUCUGCUCAUCCUGCCGCUCCGCGCUCCGCCUGCGCCUCUCCCUCCCCGCGCGCCCCAUCAUCACCUCUUUCAAACCAACCGCCUUCAAAGCCUCCCACCUCACCAUCCGCCACAUCUCCUCCUCUCCCUCUCGCCAAUUCUCCUCCUCUCGUCCUCUCUCCUCCUCAAUCCAACCACAACAAAAUGCCGAAACACAAACAGACGCAGACUUAGACACCGGCAUGACCCCCGCCGAAUCCUCCAUCGCCGCCAUCCUCGCCUCCAAGCUCAACCCCACCGCCCUGCUCGUCCAGGACAUCUCCGGCGGCUGCGGCAGCAUGUACGCCAUCGACAUCACCUCCUCCGCCUUCAAGGGGCUCAACAUGCUCAAGCAGCAGCGAUUGGUCAAUGGUGCGCUGGGCGAUCUGGUCAAGGAGUGGCACGGCGUGCAGAUACGGACGAGGGUGCCUGAGGAUGCUUAA